GAGGAGGUUUUUCAAACGUCUCUCUGCCAGCCAGCUUGGGUUUCCAUUUGUGCAGCAACAACCGCGAUGAAAGCCUUCGUCCUGAUCAGCAUGCUGGCGGCCGCGGCGACCUCGGAGGCCGUCUUAUCAAGGGAAACAAGACAACAGGCGGUUUCUGGUUUCUCUCCCCGCUCCUCCUCCUCCUCCUCCAGGUCCUUUAAAAGCUCAGGAGGCGUCUGUCUGAACGGCGGCAGCUCCGUCCCCUCCCUGGCCUCCGGUGACCACCUGUUCUGUUUGUGUGCCGACGGGUUCCAGGGGAGCCGCUGUGAGACAGUGGACGGAGCCGACUGCUACGAGGGCCUGGGCCUCUUCUACCGAGGCACGCAGUCCAGGACGGAGAGCGGGCGGACGUGUGAGGAGUGGGACUCGAACACCCGGGAGCGCUUCAUGGCUGCAGACGUGUAUUCAGGGAGGCACAACUACUGCAGGAAUCUGCUCUACAAGCGGCGUCCCUGGUGCUUCGUGUGGGAGAACCGGCGGCUGGUUUGGGAGUACUGCCGCGUUCCUCGCUGCGCCCGCCAGUUGUUUCCUCCCCCCCCUGCGCCUGCUGCCCCCACGGAGCCGCUUCCAGCCGCAGAGUCGACAUGUGGCCUGCGCUCCAGGAGAAAGCAGCUGAAGAUCGUGGGAGGAACCGUUGCAGCUGUGGAGUCCCACCCGUGGGUCGCUGCCAUAUUCUGGCGCGGCAGGUCCAAGGAGAAGGUGUUCCGCUGCGGGGGGAGUCUGAUCUCGGCCUGCUGGGUGCUCACGGCGGCCCACUGCUUCCCUGACAGAUCCAGCACCAAACCGCGGCGCUUCUCUGUGGUCCUGGGGAAGAACGCCAUGAACGAGACGAACGCGGCCGUGGAGCAAACGUUCCGGGUGGAACAGAUCAUCCUCCACGAGGGGUACGACAACUCCGCGGAGAACUACAACAACGACAUCGCUCUGCUGCAGCUGAAGGCCAGGCGGGGGAGGUGCUCAAUAGAGAGCGACUCGGUGAGGCCCGUCUGCCUGCCGCCGCCCGGACAGAAGCUCCACCCCGGGUUCACCUGUGAGGUCACCGGCUACGGGAAGGAGAACCAAAGUCUGUGGUACAACUCCCCGGUCCUCCGGGAGGCUCAGGUGAACCUCAUCGCCGGAGACGUGUGCCGCCAACCCGACUAUUACGCAAGCCUGAUCAGCGACAACAUGUUCUGCGCCGGCCGCACAGACUGGAGCCGGGACGCCUGUGAGGGAGACUCCGGGGGGCCUCUGGUGUGCGAGGUCGGCGAGCGGCUCUUCCUGUUCGGAGUAAUCAGCUGGGGCGACGGCUGCGCCAAGGAGAAACGACCAGGCGUCUACACCCAAGUGACCAACUAUAACUGGUGGGUGGAGGAGAAGACGGGGCUGUCGUCCGUCACCUCCGGCGCCAUGUUUCCUGAGAAGUGAAGACCCGAAACGGCCACAACUUCCUGCUAGCAGGUCUCGUUGGCUUGGCUUGUUGUCACGGGAACAUCACCGGUUGGUUUGUGGACUGAGGUCAUGAAGCCUUGAGUUCUGCGUUUCCCGUAUCGCAGCCGUUGACAUCUAAAGUUCCUCCCCCUUAAGUAUCUCCCGCUUUAUGGUCGGUUUGACUCUAAAUGGACCAUAAGUUACUAAAUGAACGUCAUGCUGUAUUGAAGAGAAAACUAGAAGCGUUCGCGAUUGAAACGAUAAACUGAUGUUUACAAUGUUUAUUGAGGGAAUAAAUCAAGAGAGAAGCAGCAGAGGAGUCUCCCUCUGGUGGACAUUAGAGAGAAUGCAGCUUUAAGACACUUCAGAAGUCGAUUAAUGUUGUACAGCCGCCAUUGACUUCACCCUUACGUCAAGAGGCCACUUACGCACUUCGGGUUUGUGGUCUGCACGCGUAGAAAAGGUGGCUUGUUAGCGUAUUAGCUGGUUAGCUUGUUUACUUUCAUCUACAAUAAUGUAAAAUAGUUUGUAAACAACUAAACAUAACACUGAUAUGUUUUUUGACAUAUUUUCUAAGCUUUGUAUUAUAUAUAUAUAUGAAUUUAAUUUUAGUACAUACAAUAUUUUGUAUCUUUUAUAUUGCAAUCUUUAAAGAUAUAGGAUAUAUUUUUCUAUUUCUUCGAUUCAUUUAAGUAGAAUAUUCUUAGCAGAAUGUGUUCAUAUAUCUGCCCUUUUCUACAUUUUUAGCCAGAAAUAUUGGAUGUAAUUUCAAAGAGUAAUCACCACAAUAUCUACAAACAAAUGUUGAAAUUGUAAUUGUAAUAAAUAUGCAUGAAAACCUAAACCAUUAAUUAAUUUUCCCUGUUUAGAAGAAUGAAAUUAUUUUCUAUUGUGUUCUGGAUUUAAUUAUUUUUUUAUGCUGUUAAGCUAAAAACAGGCUCAUAUUAUUAAAAGCUUGUUUUAAUGCAUCAAUUUUGUGUUUAACACAAAAGACCAGAUUGGAAAUAACUCUUCAGUACUUGUGUAAAACUGUACAAAUAUCUGACCUGAAAUUAAUGACUCUGUAACUUCAGAGACUUAGGGCCCUUUCAUGAUGUUUCUCAAGCUGUGUUUAAUGUCCCUCUGUUACUUAAUAAAGCUCUAUUAAAGGAU